AUGGGUGCUGAGAAGGGUGAGAUGGACUCCCUGGACCAUGGCCCCAAGGCGACCCGGGCGUUGGGGCGUCCGGUCUGGGCCGUGUACACUCUGGCUGCUGUCCUCAUCUUCACCACGGUGGUCGAUGUUCUGGGAAACCUGCUGGUAAUAGUGGCUGUUCUCCGAAACCGAAAACUACGCAACGCAGCACACCUCCACAGACCCACACCUCCACAGACCCACACCUCCACAGACCCACACCUCCACAGACCCACACCUCCACAGACCCGCACCUUCACAGACCUGCACCUUCACAGACCCACACCGAUCACACCAGACGCAAAUAAGGUAUUUUUGUUUUCCGACCUGUCCUGGUGUCUUGCCACGCAACAGGACUCGGUAUUGACGGUUUUCCAACCAAGUCGUGGUCUCGGAGGUUUGUGUACUUGGAUUAACGGGACUUGGCCAACUUAA